AUGGAAGCGGAGGAAUUUAUGGAGAGACCAAAGGGUCAAUAUUCCAACCUGAAACUGAAGGGUUGUGCCAAUCUCCAGCGCUGUGAGGACACCUUGAGCUUCUACUCUGGCAAGCGCACCAUCCAUGCCACCUGCUGUGAUUCACCUCUCUGCAAUGACUUCACCACAGAUUUCCAUGUGCUGAACGAGGCACCAAAUGGACUGCAAUGCUACAGUUGUGUGGAUGAUGAUGGCUCAGGGUCUGGAUGCUCCAAUCAAAGCAUGUCCAAGGUGCAAUGCACAGGCAUCCACAGCAUGUGCUUGGAGGGGAUUGGGAACAGUCGUAAAGCCGGAAGAGAUUUGGGCCUUGUGACCUUUAAAGGUUGUGCCUCCCCAGCUAUGUGCCAAAGCUCUCUCUUGGCCCUGGUGCAAGAGCUGGACAACGCCGAUGUCAUGUGUUGCCAAGGAAGCCUCUGCAACAAUCGCAUUGUGAAUGGUGUAGUGACAGAAGGCAAGAUUGCUGCUGAUAGUGCAGAUAUCACAGACUCACCUGAGUGUCUCAAACCCACCCCCAAACCAUCUAGAAUCACCCCAGUUCCUGACUGUAUCUAUACAGAAGGGGAGGAGGAGGAAGAUGACCGCAUGGUGAGUGUACAUACCUCCGCUGGGAGCCACAAUGAAAAGGAAACUACUGGCACUGUAAAUAAAGAGCACAGUGAUGAGAAUUUAGUCACUGAGAACAACACAAUCUCCCAUUCUCCUCAUCAUGAUGACCACUCAGUUACCCAUGAACACAUCGUCAAUGAGAACCUCUCAGAAGGCUCUUCCCAGGGAAACACAGCCUCACCAACAGGUGCCACAGGCUUUGAUCAUGUUGCAGGAGAUGCUUCCUCAGCUACCACAAACUUGGACAAGAGUAAUUCUGGUGCCGGAACGACGUCUUCUGCUAAUCACGGCAACAUUGUUGUGCUGGUCCCUGUUGUCAUCUCCAGGAGGAACAACACUGCUACCACCACUGCCACUUCAUCUUCCACAGGAACAAGCACUGACAGUAGGACUGUGGCCAGUUCCAAUGCUGAUAAUGAAUCUGAAGAUGAAGAAUGUGAGGCAGAAAAGGAGGGCAUGACUACUGGAGAGCACUUCAUAGCUGCUAAAGAGAGCAACCGUGAUGGUUCUUCCUCCACUGCAAGAAGCACUGUUGUUUCUACUGGAGCUAAUUCCAAUGCUGGCAUUUUUGUUGAAGGGAUGAAUCAAGAUGAAUCAGCAUCCCAUCCAGCUUCCACACAAGGGGGUCAUGAUGCUGGUGUCUUCACUACCGGCAAUGCAGGAAGCACCAGUGUAGUUCAUGGCCAUGGUAGAGAUGAUGAAAGGUUCGUCAUGGGUGAAAGCACUGCCAACCGCAACCCAAGACCUGGGCAUUCCACAACGGGUAGUCAUGGAGCCACUAGUGGCGAGAGCUUCAUUGGUGACAAUCGUACACCCCAGCCAGGGGAUUUUUCAUCUUUAGAUGAUGUGGUUGACGCCAUUCUUCCUAUCCCCUACAUUGUGCCUGAAGAUGACUCUUUCCACACUGAAGACAAGAAAGUGGCAGGUACCCCUCCUGUGGCCAGCACCAACUCUCCCAUUGCUACCAGCAACCCAGUCCUUGCUUCAGGAGCAGGGGCUGGUACCGCCCGUCCCAAGAACAAGAUUCCUUGCAAACGUCCAGGGUCUCAAAGCCGACCCAGUGCAAAGUUGGCAUCCUCAGCUGCAGCUAACAAGCAGGUCGGAGAAGAGGUUGUCAGUCAGGAUGGUGCGACCUCACUGUUCAGGGACACUAAAAAUCCAGGACACAGUGGAGGAGGAAAGGUCAAUCUUGACAGUGGAAACUUGGGCCUUGUCAGCAACCUGGGUCUCCUCUCAUUCACUUUCCUGUUGGUCGCUCUGUUACACUGA